UAGUAUAUAUAGAAUGUGAACCCAAAAUCUUGCAGCCCCCACAAUUACCUCCCACCAUGGCCACCACCACCAUUACGGCUGCCAUUAUCCCUUUCUUUCUCUCUGGGGACGAAUGGACGAUCGACUCACCGCCAGGAACAGUCAACCCUUAGCUUAUUAUAUAUGUACAUGUUGCUUUACUCUGCAACCAAUUUGCAUCAUCCCACUUUUUUUUUUUUAAGUCCUAUCCUCUAUCCAUUUUGUUACACAUGCACAUCAUUUCUACGUAUCUAUAUCCCACCUUAAAUAUACAAGUCAGUUAAGGUAGUUUUCAGUUUAAAUUUGUUGGGGGACUUUAAAUUGAGUCUUACACAGAACAACCUUCGAGCCAAAGCUAUGGUGGUGCUGAGAAAAGACAUUCUUUUAUUUGUAUUUGUGGCUAUUUUGGGGCUCCGGACAUGCUUGGGACAGAUUAAUAGAGGAAGUUUUCCGAAGGGUUUUGUCUUUGGGACCGCCUCUUCUGCUUAUCAGUAUGAAGGAGCAGUUAAGGCGGAUGGAAGGGGUCCCACAGUCUGGGACAAAUUUGCACAUUCUUUCGGUAAGGUACUUGAUUUUAGCAAUGCUGAUGUAGCAGUGGAUCAGUAUCAUCGAUACAAUGAGGAUGUACAACUCAUGAAGGAUAUGGGGAUGGAUGCCUACAGGUUUUCAAUAGCUUGGACUAGGCUUUUCCCAAAUGGAACUGGGGAACUCAAUCAGGCUGGAGUUGAUCACUAUAACACACUGAUUAACACUUUACUAGCCAAUGGAAUCGAACCAUAUGUGACAAUCUACCAUUGGGAUCUUCCUCAAGCACUCCAAGAUAAAUAUAAUGGAUGGCUUAGCCCUCAAAUUAUCAAUGACUUUGCUGUGUUUGCUGAGACAUGCUUCCAAAAAUUUGGUGACCGGGUGAAGCAUUGGAUCACAUUUAACGAGCCUCACACUUUCGCAGUUCAAGGCUAUGAUGUCGGUCUCCAAGCACCAGGCAGAUGCUCAAUCCUCCUCCAUGCAUUCUGCACGGCUGGAAACUCUGCUACUGAACCUUACAUAGUUGGACACAAUGUCCUCCUUGCUCAUUCCACUGUGGCGGACAUUUACAAGAGAAAAUACAAGCCUACACAGAAAGGAUCAAUUGGGAUUUCAUUAGAUACUUUCUGGUAUGAACCUGCGUCAAACUCCACUGAAGACAUUCAAGCAACAAAAAGAGCUAUAGAUUUCAAUCUGGGUUGGUUUCUUGAGCCUCUUAUUGCUGGUGACUACCCGAGCUCAAUGAGAACCAGAGUGGGAAAAAGGCUCCCAAAGUUUUCCCAAGCGCAGUCAUUGGCUUUAAAGGGCUCUUUGGAUUUCGUUGGCAUAAAUCACUAUACUACUUGGUAUGCCAAGAAUAACAGUACAAACAUAAUAGGCGAUCUGCUCAAUGAUUCCCUGGCAGACAGCGGAGCUAUUACCCUUCCUUUUAAAGGUUUACAGCCUAUAGGCGACAGGGCAAAUUCAAUUUGGUUGUACAUUGUACCUCGUGGGAUCAGAAGCCUGAUGAACUACAUCAAGCAAACCUACGGCAAUCCUCAAGUCAUAAUCACUGAAAAUGGGAUGGAUGACGGAAAUAGCCCGUUUAAUUCUGUCCAAAAUGCUCUGCAUGAUGAGAAAAGGAUCAAAUACCACAACGAUUAUCUCACAAACUUAUUAGCUGCUGUCAAAGAGGAUGGAUGCAAUGUACAGGGAUAUUUUGUGUGGUCGUUGUUGGAUAACUGGGAAUGGGGAGCUGGAUACACUUCAAGAUUUGGACUUUACUAUGUUGAUUACAAAGACAAGCUGAAGAGAUAUGCAAAGGAUUCUGUCAAGUGGUUCAAGAAUUUCUUGACUGCAGCUUGAGUUGCGAGCAUAGGAGCUGAUGAAAUUAGAAAUCACAGUUAUACAAACAGCUACAGACAUAAAUUCUGAACAGAAAACAUCAGAAGCUUCAAAUGUACAAGACGAUGAUAAAUGAGAAAAAAAAAACAGAUCCUUAUAUAGUUAAUUCCUUUUCAAGGGCUUCUACAUCUUAAAAUAUAGAAGCCAUAGUCCGAAGGAGGAGGAGGAUACAAGAAUCAUCAUUAAAAUAUAGAAGGAAUCAACCGUAUAAUCUAGAAAUAAAGAUUCAGAAAAACUGCAAAAAUUUAGUACCUUACAAAAAUCCAAGAACUCUUGUUUAA